AUGGCAAAGCUCUUGCUUUCCAAAGUUCAAACUCCAAUUUAUCGCUCAAUUAUCAAACCUGCCCAACUUUUUCUUCACGCUCACCAAUUUACACACAGUUGUUCAGAGCCUGCAGAUGAUAAGGAUGCAAUCUUGACGUCCAUAUGUGACUCCUUAAGCAAAGAUGGCCUGAGUUGGGAUUCUUUAACCCAAAAGUUCAGCUCAGUUCAUCUCACCAUCCCUCAAGUCGAAAAGGUACUAAUUCAACUAAAAGAACCCAUUAAUGCAAAGCAAGCAUUGAAAUUUUUCCACUGGUCAGCUCAUAAUAUGAAUUUGCAACAUGGGAUGUCUUCUUAUUGCAUUACAAUUCACAUUUUGGUUAAAGCUAGGCUUUUUAAGGAUGCCAAGGCAUUGGUUGAAUCAAUUUUAGUCAACAAAAAAUCCAUGCAUGAUGGUCCUGUUGAAAUGCUUAACAAUGUUCUGGAUUCACUGCUUGGUUCUUAUGAAGUUGUGGGUUCGACCCCUUUUGUCUUUGAUUUGUUUAUGCAAACUUGCGCUAAGCUGAGGAUUAUUGAUAGUGUUGUUGAUGGUUGUAAAGUCUUGGAUGAGCGUGGGUUUGGAUUGAGUGUUAUUAGUUAUAAUACUUUGCUUCAUGUUAUGCAAAAGUCUGAGAAGACUUCUCUGGUUUGGAGUUUGUAUGAGCAUAUGAUUGACAAGAGAAUGUACCCAAAUGAAGUUACUUAUAGGAUUUUGGUUCGUGCUUUGGGUAAAGAAGGGAGGCUAAAGAGGUUUUUGGAUGUGGUGGAGAGGAUUCAUGGCAAGAGAUGUUCUUUACCGGGCAUGGUGGUGAAUACUUGUUUGGUGUUUGGUUUGAUAGACGGGGGUAAAGUUGGAGAGGGGAUGAAUUUGUUGAAGAAUAUGUUGCAGAAGAAUAUAAUUCCUGAUACCAUUUCAUUUUCGUUGGUUAUAAUGGCCAAGGUGAGGAUGGGGGAUCUGGAUGCCGCAUGGGAGGUAUAUGAGGAAAUGCGUAAGAGCGGUUUUGAAGGGAACUCUUUUGUAGGUACUUCGUUUAUUGGUGCUUACUAUAAGCAGGGGAAGAUUGAGGAAGCAAUGAGAUUGAUGCGAGAGAUGGAUGAUUUGGGGAUGAAGCCGUAUGAUGAAACAUUUAAUCAUCUAAUUGAAGGUUGUUCGGGAACAGGAUAUUUGGAUGAAAGCUUGAAAUUUUGUGAGAGAAUGGUCAAGAUGGGACUUCUACCAAGUCCUUUGGCAUUUAAUAUGAUUGUUGGUAAGCUUUGUUCAGGUGGGGAGGCAAAGCGGGCUGAUGAAGCUUUGACUGUUUUGUCGGAAAUGGAAUAA